AUGAGGUCUCGUCUCAUCCUUAGUGUUCUCUUCGCGGCGUCUUCUGGCGCGACGACCCCCAGCGGCAAAUUUACUGCUUUGAGUUGUAACGUUGCAGGGCUCCCGGAAAUUCUCCAGUCUAACGAUGUUAAUGGGUCGAAGACUGAGAACGCCGGGGAAAUUGGCACCUACUUUGCUGAAUAUGGUUAUGAUAUAAUCAAUCUGCAGGAGGAUUUCAACUACCACGCAUAUAUCUAUGCGACCGACGACCAUGCCUACCGGACGGCCACGUCCGGAGGUGCGGGUAUUGGGAGCGGAUUGAAUACCGUGUCGAAUUAUGAGUGGGUUGAUUUUACGCGCGAGAAAUGGACCACGUGCUCUGAUGCGUCGGGGAGCGACUGUCUUACUCCAAAGGGGUUCACCCUCAUGCGCUGGAAUCCAUCCGACGGUGUUUACAUCGACUUCUACAAUAUUCACGCCGAUGCGGGCACGGAGGAUGGCGACGAGACGGCGCGGAACGCCAAUCUACAACAAGUGGCGGAUUAUAUUGACACCUGGUCAAUCGGAAACGCUGUGGUGGUGAUGGGUGACACCAACAGUCGAUACACUCGAAGUGCUGAUACUGGCAUCCGUGUCUUCAAAUCUCAGAAUCGUCUCAAUGAUGCUUGGGUUGAGCUGGAGAUGAGCGGCGUUUACCCGACUGCGGGAGCUGAUGCGGUCGUAUGUGACAACCCGUCAGAGAUCGAGACCUGUGAGACCAUCGACAAGGUGCUCUAUCGGGGAUCCGACAUUGUCACCCUGUCGGCCGAUGGCUUUUACUACGAUGGUGAACGCUUCCUCAACACCGACUCUGCAUACCUGGGUGAUGUUCUGUCGGAUCAUAACCCAGUACUCGUCAACUUUACCUGGACUAUGUCGAGCUCCCUCCGACAGAGUGAAUUUUCGGGUGGCCCGCACGGAACGUGGUUUAACGAUCUGCCUAACGUUCCGUCGUCGCCGGUGGCUUCGGUGCUCACCUUCCGUGGCGCUAGUCGUCUUGAUGCUGUUGCACUGCAACUCUCCGACGGGACUUCUUUCAGCCACGGAGGAACCGGUGGUACGGAAGUGACACUAACCCUCGGGACUGAUGAGUACUGGACAGCCACCAAGAUUUGCACUGGCCAAUAUAAUGACCAGACUCGAAAUUUCUAUAUCAAGGCUACUACAAGCGCGGGGAACACCUUGGAAGCAGGCACGGUAACGGAUAGUUGCACCACUUAUACUGCUGAUGACGGUUACGGAGUUGUGGGAUUCAUGGGACAGGAUGGCGAUGAGAUGGAUCAGUUGGCUCUUAUCUACGCAUUCCAGGCGUCAUAG